ACUGGGAUGUUUUACAAGCGGAUGUUUCCGCAUAUGAGUUUGCUUGAAUAUACUCGACCUUUAAUAAGACGCUUUAUAAGAUCAGUAGCGGGGUUUCAGCAGUAAUUUGAUUUAUGAUGUCUGCGCAAGAAACGAUUGCUUUGUUUAUAUUAGGAUGUUUACUCAGGUCAUGGACAAACGCAGUCUCCAUCCAGGUCCCUAUCUCGGCCAUCAAUGUGACAACAAAUGGUUCUCAAUGGUAUGACUGGACCGCAGAUAAAGUCAACCAGGGCGAUUUACGUCACAGAGCUGACGAAUGUCUAUGUUGCACUGCACUACACAGACCAUCUUGGGUGCAAAUGGGACUGAACAAGCCUUAUAUUGUGGAAAGAGUGCUUGUUUUGGGCCGUACAGAUCAACGUGGCCAAUUUGACAACAUCAACAUGUCAAUGGGUCUAUGGACAGAAUCCCUUCAAGAUGAACAAUUCACAUUUAAAAAUGGGACCAUCGCGGAGAUGAGGCUAACUCCCCCUCGUGAAAUACAGUUUGUACGGGUUAUGGGGAAUGGAAAUUCCCACUUUCUUGUGAUAUGUGAGAUAUUGUUAUACCGACAAGCAGACUGCCCACUCGGACGCUACAGCGUUAACUGUUCCAAACAAUGCCAUUACCGUAUGGGCUCAUGCGACAGUGUUACAGGUGCAUGCGUGAAUGGGAUCUGUGAAGACGGAUGGAUUGGAAUGACGUGCAAUGAAACAUGCCACCCAGGCACAUUUGGUGCUAACUGUUCAUCCAUAUGCCGCUGCCACAACAACAUGACAUGUAACCACUUUAACGGAUCUUGUCCAAAUAACCAAUGCGCUGCAGGAUGGAAGCAUGACAACUGUAGCGUAGCAUGCGGUCAAGGCAAUUUUGGCCUAAACUGCACCUCCCCCUGCCAUUGUCUACAAGGAGCAAGCUGUGACCAUGUGUCUGGCAACUGUCCUGGUGACCAAUGUGCACCUGGUUGGACUACUAGUAACUGUAGUGUUGCAUGCGGUCAAGGCAAUUUUGGCCUAAACUGCACCUCCCCCUGCCAUUGUCUACAAGGAGCAAGCUGUGACCAUGUGUCUGGCAACUGUCCUGGUGACCAAUGUGCACCUGGUUGGACUACUAGUAACUGUAGUGUUGCCUGCGAAUCGGGAUCAUACGGACAAAACUGCGCCAUGGACUGUCACUGUGACAAGUGUCAUCACAUCAAUGGAUCCUGCGCAAUGUCUUCUCAAUGUCACGAUGGGUACAAAAUGGAUAACGGUUUCUGCAAACCCAAUGAAGAUACUAAGCAAUCGUUGACAAUUAUAUGGAUUGUAACGACAUUGGGGCUAUGUCUGCUGGUAGUUGGCGUCACCAUUGCUAGCCUGUGUAUCCGAAGGAAGAAAAAAGAGGCAAAAAAGAAAGCUCUGCAAACCGCUCAACAGAUCGAAUUUCAACCAUCGAAUAGAGCUCAAGUCUUGCCCGACGACACUCAUGACGAUAACAUCGUGCAAUAUGAGGUCGUCCCUGACGCCAUUACAAAGCAUGGGGCGACACCAAUGUACGAGUCUCUCCAGAUGGCAGAUACGCAUCUGUACUCUGGUUUGCGGGAAGCCAUCCCCAUGUCCCCAGCACCGUUUGAUGUAUUGGGCCUAAUUGCUGAGAGCAAAACUCCAGUUAGAAGGCAUUUUGCAGUGGCAGAAGAACUGGACAAUGCCACUACAUUCGAGUCAAAGUACACGACGGCCGAAGAUGAGGAAAAUGACAACGCAGCAGAGACAAAUUACGCAGACUUCGAACUGUUAGAGAAUGACAGUGAAGAAGGAAAAAACUAUGAAGCCGUAAACAAAGAGUACCAGUUUGUCAAAUAGGGUACACAUACAUGUAUUGCUUCCGAAAAGGCAUAUUUGUACAUAGUUUGAACUUAAUAUGAAUCAAUUUUAAAGCCCUCAAUUCGAAUUAACAUUUAAGGUUUACAGGUAUAAAUAUUUGGCCCCGUCAUCAGGGGUGCUUUAUAGAAAUACACGCCCGAGAAUGAAAUCCCUUAGUUUCAGCAUAUUCGGUAUACAGCCGUCACGCUCAUUAUUAGGACGUAAUUUUGUUUAUUAAUAUGACGUCAAUUGGUGUUGAUUGUGCUCUUUCGUUGAUUUGUUUUUGUUAACAAUUAGUGGUGGUGGUGGUGCUGCUAUUUAUUGUUAUGUUUUAAAUAUAUACCGAAUAUUGUGAGAGUAUUAUACGAUCAAUAAAAUACCAGGUGUAAAUGUCGAAUACCAAUACGUUAAUUUGUUCGGCAUAAAUAUAUGUGCCUACAACAAAGAUUCAUGGUUUAUGUUUUUAAUGCUUCGCUAAAUGAACUGUUAUCAGCCCAUUUCCUUAAUGAGUUUAUGAACUUUGUUACAAGCAGUGAGAAAAAAUCUGCAUGCAUAUUUUGAAUUCCGAUGACAUGCUCAAUAAAAUAUAGUUGGAGAUGAGGACGGCUGGUAUAUCUUUUUAUGCAAUCCUUUUCAGCAAAAGAACAAACCAUACUCUUACCAAAACUUUUGAUAAACACUUACUGUUAAUAAUAAAGGAAGUUAUCUUAUUUGAUGAUGAUGUUUGGUCAUUUUGAUUAAUGAUUAUCAUACGUAUCGCCAAUCAUGCACUGUAAACCCUUUGAAAACAAAAACAGUUAUCAUAAUACAUAUUUAAGAAGAAAAAAUACGUAUUUUUGAUAUUCGUAUUUCAAAGGUAAAAAUUAUGUGUUUGACAUGUUUGAGGUUUGUCAAACGCAACCAUUUCAAAUUGCAAUGGUUUGUUUAAUUUUCGUAUUGUUUACAUAAACUAUUAAAAUAUACUAAUUUUUAUGUAACAAUUGAAUUUCUCUGUAAAGUUAUGGAAUAUAGUACUACAAAAUAAAUUUCGUUCACGUUUCUGAGAUAAAAAUGGCAUUUUUGACGGUUGAGUUGUGCAAUUUAAGUAUGUUGCCAUGUUAACUUCUUUGGUUCAAGAAUUAUUGUUGACAUUAAUGUUAUGUCUAUAAGUCUAAUAAAGCUAUGAUAGUGUAUACUAUUAUAUAUAAAAAUAUAUUUGUAUGAUUUGACGUUUACUUAUUUGCGUAAGUGUUCUGGUACUAAAUAUCAAUUUUAAUACACGUGAUAUGAUUGCUUAUAAAACUACGGGAUGACUAUUUUAUAUGGACGAGAAGGUUUUAUAUUGUACCUGGGAAUCGAAAAUAAAAAUAAAGUGUAAAUAAUCGAGCACAAUAGCACUGUAUAAUGUACCCAAUGAGCAAAGCUUUUGUAUUUUGUAUGUUCCCUAAGGGAGGAAUAUAGUUUCCGCACUGUCCUUCAUUGCGUCAGACAGAGUCGGUACGUUUUGGUUUUCCCUUCAUAUCUCAAUAAAUUUUUAUUCGAUCACACUUGGUGUUUUGGAGUUAUGACUCUUGGAUUUCUCAAUCUAGCACUCUUGUUGAAGAUACAAUUUGUACAGAGGAUAUCUCGACAACUUAAAGAGGUAUCUUUUUUGAACUUUAUUUGUAAGCAUUUUUUAUUAAGAUGACGUGCAGUUCACCAUGAAUCGUGCUUUUCUAUUCUGAGUGUAAUUGUCCGUUGGUAACCCAUGCUCCCCUAGUUUAGCGUCAUUUCCAUUUGGUAUUUUUUCCAUUAAAUUUUGUCCGGAACAUAACUGAAAGUGUCACGUCGUGUAAUAUAUAGUGACGAUGACGUAAUGACACAAUUGUGUAAUUCGAAUCUAUUUCUAGUUUAUUCAUUUGUGUUGUCGCAUAUGUAUUCAUAAUUUAACAAUCGAUGUUUGUUUUUCCAACCAUUAGCCUUUUUAAGAUCAUUGUCAUUUUUACCAUGUUAAUGGUAGCCGUCUUUUGCAAUUCAUUUAUUAUUCUGUUCUAAUUUACUCGUUUUUGACAGCAUUUUGUUCAGAAACACAACUAUAAAAUACAAAUAUCAUAUAAACAGGAUCUUGCACGAGUUGUCAUAUCAUACCAUAUUUUAUUAAAUGAGUUCAGGAAUUAAGCCAAAGCCAAAGCUCGCUUACACACGAAUUUCCCGGACGAGUUUAAUAAAAUAUGGUAUGAUAUGACAACGAGUGUCAGAUCUUUUUUAUCACAUGCUUUUAAAUGAGCAAAUUAAAUAAAUAUUUACGCAAAAAUAAUGAUAAAUCCCGAAUGUUGUUUACAUGUCGUGACGUCAUUUGACGUUGCAACGUCAUUUUAGCAAAAUAACAAAAUGCGAUUGGUCAAUAUACAAAAACUAAGCCACUGAAAACGCUUAAAAUGUAUAUUAACAUAUCUAAGAUAAAAACCUAUGUAAUGGCUAUAUUACAUGGGUAACAGGGUAUGGCAUGUGAUAAAAACAAAUAUAAGCACGAGUUAAUGUCAAAGCCGGUUUCAAACUACAGCAUUAUUUGAUGUUGAAUGUUUCUUUCAUCAAUUGAAAUGACAUUGUAGUGAACUAACGAAGCAGUCGAGUAUCGAACAUUUUUUCCGCAUGUUAUCCUGAUUAAGAUUAGAGUUUUUACAUAUUUUGUCUGAAUCUGAAUAUUUGUUUUGCUAUUUAGGAUAUCGUUCAAACCCUCGCUGUUAUUCUCUAAUUUAUUGUUUGUGUGAUAUUGCUAGAGAGUGCAUUUAAGUUUUGUUCUCAAACACAUUUUCACAUUCUCUAAUGAACAUACUGUAAUAUCAUGUAGCAAUAAUGUUUUGCUUCGAAUAUUUAAUGACUGUUUAGUUUUGCAUUUAUAUAUUCUAAAUAUAAUGAAUAUUCAUAAAUAUAUAUAUCAUAAAUAUUCUUACAUUAUAUAUUCGGGUGGUGUUAUAUGACAGUGUGCAUAAUCUGCGUAAGGUAUCAAGGAAUGAGUAGCUAAAUUGCUCAACUUGACAUGUUACAUGAAAAUCCAUCUUUUAAAAAGGAGAACAUCCUAUGUUUAAACGCCAAUGUCCUUAUUGCAUGAUUGUAAUUAACUCCUUCUACAAUUUUGUUUCUGAGACGCGCGGAUGUAAUUAUGUGCGUCCUUCCUGUUUGUUUUGGUGUGUGUUUAAUAGAUAAUAUGUAUUGUCGUUAGAGUUUUGCGCUAAUAGAGACAAAUUUCUUGCUAUCGGAGCGGUUAUGCAAUUUUAAUUUAUUUUUGUUUUGUAUAGCAGUAUUUUCUCUUUACAUUUAAAAGCAUAAGUAUUUCAACAAUAAUAGUUACCGUUAUUGUUCAUUAUCCGAUUUAAACAUGUUUCACCAAAUAGUUGUUCAAUAUUACUUUAAUCAUUGAUCUGUACCUUUAGCAAAUACUUUUUUGAAUAUCUCAAUGCUAAUGGUAAUACAUUAUUUGAUGAUAUGUCAUAUAUCAUAAUGCUGUAAAAUAGCACACAAAGUUUUGAUCUUAUAUAAAUAUAUGAUAUAUUCUUUAUAUGUUGUAUUGCAUGUAUGGAAAUAAAAAUA